AUGGCUGUCGAAGUGUGCACGCAGAGACCGUUCAGUUUCUCCGCUACCUGUGGAACAGGUGGAGGCGUCCCCUGCAGCUACUACUCCGCCGCUGCUGCAGGUGCAGCUCCCACGACCUUCGGAUGCACUGGCGGCAGCGGACUGAUGAUGAAUAACGGCUACGUGCACAAGUACGAGAUCGGGACACCGCCUCAUGGCUCGCUGAGCCCCCUGUGCGUCGUCACCAGCAGCCACAUGACGGCGCAGCAGCAGCACAGCCCGCCUCCACCGAUGGAGCAGCUGCCCAAGAUCAUCAACAGCUACUACACUCCGCCGAUCAGUCUCCACUAUCAGCAGGAACCUGAGCCAGCCUACACGCGCGAGAUACUCUCGCCGUACGGAAAGAUGGACUCUCCGCUAAUGGCUCAGCACUCAACUCCCCUCAGCCACGCAGACAUCCAGCCUGAGAUGAACGUGCACACGCCGGGCCACAGCCCCAACAUCGCUCCCAGCCUCCCCUCAGACGCCCAAUGCAUGAACACUUGGUAUACGAGCAGCCGGUUAUCUCCGCAUACUCCCGUGUCCGCCCCCACUCUUCAAAGUUGCCUCCCUCAACCCCAUCAAUGGCCGCCGAGCAUGGACUCCGGUGUAAAAGCGCAGAGCCCGCCUCUUCCCUGUACCAUGGCCCACUCCCAGCCGUCCUCCGUGUGCUCCACCAUGUCGCCCUCCACCCUCAACACCAUGUCGCUCGCUGAAAACAGCCUGGGCCGCUCGCAGGCAUCGAACAACAUCAACGCGAUGGUGUCCGGCAAUCCGCGCCAGAUAUCGUCCGCGCUCUCCAUCCUCGCCUCCUCCACGUUCACGGACCUGACAGCCAGCUCCCUUCUCCCGCUGACCCAGCACCCAACUCUGCAAGCGGGCGGGAACCACACAGGACUGCUCGGCCAGAUAGCUCCGCUGCCCAACAAGCAGCGGAAGACGCCCCCUCGACGCAACCCGACCGUGCCCAAGAAACCCAAGACACCUUCAGAGAAACCGCACGUUUGUCCAGUGGACAACUGUGGCAAGCGGUUCUCACGGUCAGACGAGCUCACGCGACACCUCCGGAUCCACACGGGCCAGAAACCUUUUCAAUGUCACAUCUGUCUCCGCUGUUUCUCCCGCUCGGACCACCUCACCACCCACAUCAGGACCCACACCGGCGAGAAGCCGUUUGCCUGCGACACUUGCGGUCGCCGGUUCACCCGCUCCGAUGAGCGUAAACGCCACAAGAAGGUGCACGAGAAGGAGGCAGCGCGGAACGUCCUGCGCGGCUCGCAGCUCCAACAAGCUGCCAACCCCGAGGUGGCCCCGCUCUCCUCGGCCAACAACUCGGAGGUGCCGAUCCACCACGUCCAACAAGAACAGCAGCAACAUCAGCUCUCUGCAGUAGACACAGUAGGCACGAUUGAGCUCAAGAUCGAGCCCACUCCACUCUCCCCCUUGCAAUGA